AUGAUGGCUGGAAUGGAGAAUGGACUCACUGGUGGAAUGGAGAAUCAAUUUAGGUUGGAAUGGAGAAUGGACUCAUUGGUGGAAUGGAGAAUCAAUUUAGGCUGGAAUGAAGAAUGGAGAAUGGACUCGCUGGUGGAGCCGUGGAUUAUGCUUAGAUUUCACAAGGCUCCGACAGUCGUGCGAUGGUCUUCCUCGUCGGAGACAAUAGUCGUUGAAUGGUUAGAGCUCGUCAAAGAAGAGGCUGACUGA